AUUAAUCACAGAUGCAGAUUGAUUCUCCAUUUUUCUCGGGAGAAAAGUUUGUUCUUGCGAGUUUCCCGGAAAAUCUCCUCGCCGGAGAUGGAGCAUAUGAUGAAAGAAGGGAGGUCUCUUGCAGAGACGCCGACUUACUCUGUUGCUUCUGUUGUUACUGUUUUGGUCUUCGUUUGCUUUCUCGUUGAACGCGCCAUUUACAGAUUUGGAAAGUGGUUAAAGAAGACUAGAAGAAAGGCACUUUUUACUUCACUUGAGAAAAUGAAAGAGGAGUUGAUGUUGCUGGGACUUAUAUCACUGCUCUUGUCACAAAGCGCAAGAUGGAUUUCAGAAAUCUGUGUCAACUCUUCCCUUUUCAAUAGUAAAUUCUACAUUUGUUCUGAAGAGGACUAUGGAAUCCAUAAGAAAGUUCUUCUGGAACACACCUCUUCUACAAACCAGAGUUCCUUACCUCAUCAUGGAAUACAUGAAGCCGCUCAUCAAUGUGGUCAUGGCCGUGAACCAUUUGUGUCGUAUGAGGGACUCGAGCAACUCCUAAGAUUCUUAUUUGUCCUGGGUAUCACUCAUGUUCUGUACAGUGGCAUUGCCAUUGGUUUAGCCAUGAGCAAGAUUUACAGUUGGAGAAAAUGGGAAGCCCAAGCGAUCAUAAUGGCUGAAUCUGAUAUCCAUGCAAAGAAGACCAAGGUGAUGAAGCGUCAGUCUACAUUUGUUUUCCAUCAUGCCUCGCAUCCUUGGAGUAACAAUCGUUUUCUCAUCUGGAUGCUUUGUUUCCUGCGGCAGUUUAGAGGCUCCAUACGAAAGUCUGACUACUUCGCUCUUCGGUUAGGUUUCCUCACUAAACAUAAUUUGCCAUUUACAUAUAACUUCCAUAUGUAUAUGGUACGGACAAUGGAAGAUGAGUUUCAUGGCAUUGUUGGAAUUAGCUGGCCACUUUGGGUUUACGCUAUAGUAUGCAUCUGCAUAAAUGUUCAUGGCCUGAAUAUGUACUUUUGGAUAUCAUUCAUCCCUGCCAUUCUUGUCAUGUUGGUUGGAACCAAACUUGAGCACGUUGUCUCGAAGCUUGCUCUGGAGGUAAAGGAGCAGCAGACAGGCACAACUAAUGGUGCUCAAGUCAAACCACGUGAUGGACUCUUCUGGUUUGGGAAACCAGAAAUUCUGCUACGGUUGAUACAAUUUAUCAUCUUUCAGAAUGCAUUUGAAAUGGCAACAUUCAUCUGGUUCUUGUGGGGAAUCAAGGAAAGAUCUUGCUUCAUGAAGAACCAUGUGAUGAUAUCAAGCCGACUAAUUUCUGGGGUUCUUGUUCAGUUCUGGUGUAGUUAUGGCACUGUGCCUCUCAAUGUAAUCGUCACUCAGAUGGGAUCCCGGCACAAGAAAGCUGUGAUAGCAGAGAGCGUAAGAGACUCACUUCACAGCUGGUGCAAGAGAGUGAAAGAGAGGUCUAAGCACACGAGAUCAGUGUGUUCCCUUGACACAGCAACAAUAGAUGAGAGAGACGAGAUGACAGUGGGGACAUUAUCGAGGAGCUCAUCGAUGACUUCACUGAAUCAGAUAACCAUAAACUCCAUAGACCAAGCAGAGUCCAUAUUCGGAGCAGCAGCUUCAUCGAGCAGUCCUCAAGAUGGAUAUACGUCGAGGGUGGAAGAAUAUCUGUCUGAAACAUACAAUAACAUAGCUGACGGGUCGAUUCACGAGUACAACAACCAAGGCUUCACCCAAAUCUCGAAUGCUCGCUACUUUGUUGGUGGUUCCGAAGGAAUCUGUGGUUCUGAGUUUCUGGAUGUUCAUCCUUCUUCUGAUACACCUCUUCUCAAGGGGAACUCCUUCAUCAGGUUUGAUGAUAUCACUUUUGUAAGAACCAAGGAAUCUGCUAGCAAGCAGAAUUCCACUCAGGUGACUGCAGGCUUGGUUGAAGCGAUACUAUUUGAGGUGAAGCAGAAAGACAGAGUUGGUGGAUCUUUUUUCAAAUCUGAGGACAUGUGUUGUACGCCAAAACUUGCAGAUGCUGGUUCCUGCAAACUUGGCGAGGUUAUGAUUAGUGCAGAUCCUAGUGAUCCUGAAUGGCCUAAGCGGAUUCCCACUUUUUUCAAAAGGGGUGAGGAAGAAGUAAAGAUGUCUCCGGAAGCUGUGAUUAUAAAGAAAACUGGAUGGUACACUGUUUACUUCAUGACAUGUGAUCCGGAAUUGGAUGGCACCACAAUCAGAGGAAGAACAGUUUGGAAGAACAGAGGUGGCUAUUUGCAGGGAGAUAAAGCUCCUUUGAUGAAGUUCUACGCCUUCAUGCUUUUGGCUUAUGUGGUUCUUGGCCUACUUUGGUUUCCACAAGUUGCUCAGUAUUGGAAGGAUGGAAUCCAGUUGCACAGUCAUAUCAGCUUGGUAAUUGUAUUUACCAUGGGUGAAUUGGCCUUCCUGUACUUUGACUUCGCUUAUCUCGACUCAGCUGGUACAAGUCCUAUGGAGGUUACAGUAUGGGCAAUAACCCUUUCUUCCAUGAGGAAGGCACUCUCCCGGCUUCUACUGUUGGUCAUAUCUUCAGGGUAUGGGAUAGUGAGACCUACCCUUGGUGGCAUAACAUUGAGGAUGCUUCUUAUUGGUGUCCUAUGCUUUGUUAUAAGCGAAUCUCUCGGGUUGGCUAUGCAAUUUGGGAACUUUUCUGAAAAUGGAAUGACUUUCCUAAUGCUUUCUUGGGCUAUACUGGAAACUUGCUUUAUCCAGUUGAUUUUCAGAUCCUUGUGGAAAACGCUUAAGAAGCUUAAGCUGAAUAAGAGGAACAUUGCUAAGCUGCAGCUCUACAAGAAGUUUGCAACUAUGCUUGUAACCAUGAUGGUGCUCAAUUUUGCCUGGUUUUAUGUGCAGGUAUAUGUCUACAACUCUCUAAGUGAGUUUUGGCAAGUGAAGUGGAUGAUCCCAACACUUUGGUACUCUCUUUCUUAUGCACUAUUGGUACUGAUUUGCCUCUUUUGGCCUCCAUCGGAAAAACCAAUGAGGUACCUAUACGUAGCUGACAUGGUGGAAGAGGCUGAAGAAGAUGAUCUCUCCGUUGCAGAAACCGGUAUGAACGUAACAAAGGCUGAAGAUGGCGAUGUUGAGAGGUAUGAAAGGAAGACUCUUCUGGAAGCAUUCAUCAUAUUGCUUGGAAAUUUACCAGGGGAGAGUAAUCGGAUUUUCUGUUUCAUGAACUUGUUGACUCACUUUCUGCUUCUUCUUGAUCCCGAGGAAGAAGAAGAAACUCUUGUUCCCAUGAUCAUCGUCGAUGUUCUUUGGAAACUGUUUCCUCUAUACUCGUUUGGAUCAGAAAGAGAUUCUCUCUCAGAGUCCAUUUUGCAGAUAAUCCCCGAGACAAUGGCUUCUUCUACCACUAAAAUCCUCUGUGAUGCCGGUGAGUCAGACCUCUGUAGAGACGAUUCAGCUGCAUUUCUACUCAAAUUUGUAGCCAUUGCCUCCAUUCUAUUAGCUGGAGCUGCUGGUGUAGCCAUACCUCUCAUUGGCAGGAACCGUCGGUUCCUUCAAACCGAGGGAAAUCUCUUUGUAGCUGCUAAAGCCUUUGCAGCUGGUGUCAUACUCGCCACUGGAUUUGUCCAUAUGCUUGCAGGCGGCACGGAAGCUCUGAGUAAUCCGUGUUUACCAGAUUAUCCGUGGUCUAAGUUUCCCUUUCCCGGUUUCUUUGCAAUGGUGGCUGCUUUAGUUACUCUGCUUGUGGAUUUUAUGGGGACACAGUACUAUGAGAGGAAGCAAGAGAGGAAUCAGGCUGCUGGUGAAACCGCUGUUGUUGAGCCUGGUCGUGAAGAGACUGCUGUUGUUCCCGUGGUUGGGGAAAGAGUCAACGAUAAUAAAGUAUUUGGUGAAGAAGACGGUGGCGGGAUUCACAUUGUUGGUAUUCGUGCUCAUGCUGCUCACCAUAGGCAUAGUCACUCUAAUAGCCAUGGUACAUGUGAUGGACAUGCUCAUGGACAUUCACACGGACAUGGACAUGGACAUGUGCACGGGAAUUCAGAUGUUGAAAAUGGAGCUAGGCAUGUUGUUGUUUCUCAGAUAUUGGAGCUUGGGAUUGUGUCGCACUCAAUCAUCAUCGGUUUAUCCCUCGGAGUAUCGCAGUCUCCAUGCACGAUCAGGCCUCUCAUUGCAGCUCUGUCAUUUCACCAGUUCUUUGAAGGAUUUGCGCUCGGAGGCUGCAUCUCUCAGGCACAGUUCAGGAACAAAUCAGCAACCAUAAUGGCUUGCUUCUUCGCGCUAACCACACCGAUAGGGAUCGGAAUUGGAACCGCAGUGGCCUCGUCUUUCAACUCGCAUAGCCCUGGAGCUUUGGUCACCGAGGGGAUACUGGACUCGCUGUCAGCUGGGAUUCUGGUGUACAUGGCUCUGGUGGACCUCAUCGCAGCUGAUUUUCUAAGCAAGAGGAUGAGUUGUAAUGUGAGGCUUCAAGUUGUGUCUUAUAUAAUGUUGUUCCUUGGAGCUGGACUUAUGUCCGCUCUCGCCAUUUGGGCUUAGCUCUUAGAUUACAUAUUAUCUCAUGUAGAAUCAAAUAAUAUACUGCUCCUGCAACUUCAUAUUUUUGCCUUGAUUCAUAUGAAUAUAAUAAAUAGAGGAACAUAUU